AUGUUGUUCUGGAGGAGAGACGGAGAGGAGCUUCAUGAGGACGUGGACCACGGAGAGAUCCUCCACAACCACGAUGGAACCUUCCAGAAGAGCGUUGACCUGCACGUUUCAUCAGUCAAAGCUGAAGACUGGGGGAGGUACAGCUGUGUGUUUCAGCUCUCUGGUGUCCACGAGGACAUCGUCACCAAACUGGACCCAAAAGUGAUCAAGACCAACAGGGGUGUUCACACCUUCCAGGUGAUGGACGGCUGUGAAUGGGACGAUGACACUGGAGUCACUAAAGGUUUUCGUCAGUAUGGUUAUGAUGGAGAAGACUUUAUAGCUUUUGACCUGAAGACACUGACAUGGAUCGCUCCAAUACCACAGGCCUUCUUCACCAAACAGAGUUGGGAUGAUGACAGAGCUUGGGUGGCACAAACACAGAACUACCUGUCCAACAUUUGCAUUGAUUGGCUGAAGAAGUAUGUGAACUAUGGGAGGAGCACUCUGCUGAGAACAGAGCUUCCCUCGGUGUCUCUCCUCCAGAAGACUCCCUCCUCUCCAGUGACCUGCCACGCUUCAGGUUUCUACCCCAACAAAAUCAUGUUGUUCUGGAGGAGAGACGGAGAGGAGCUUCAUGAGGACGUGGACCACGGAGAGAUCCUCCACAACCACGAUGGAACCUUCCAGAAGAGCGUUGACCUGGACGUUUCAUCAGUCAAAGCUGAAGACUGGGGGAGGUACAGCUGUGUGUUUCAGCUCUCUGGUGUCAACGAGGACAUCGUCACCAAACUGGACCCAGAAGUGAUCAAGACCAACAGAGCUCCAGGUUCUCCCUCAGAGUUUCCCACUGGUGCUGUUGUUGGAGCUGUUGUCGGCCUGCUGGCCCUGGCGAUCUGCAUCACUGCAGUCAUCAUCUGGAAAAAGAGAAACAAUGGGUUUCAAAGAGCGAAAACUUCGGACAGUUCGGACGGUUCGGCUUCAUCUGUCGAAGCUGCACCUCUUAACUGAGCACAGGAGAAUCAGUGAAGAUAAGACGGGUGGUGGAUUCCAGGAAGUCAUCAAGGCAUCAAAAUAUAUUUUUCUUUCUUAGAGAACAUGUGCACUAAAUUAAAU